AUGAUGAGCUUAUCUAAAGCUUACGAUUUGCUGCUCGACAUUCUUUGCCUAGUAUUAAUAUCAUCAAUAGUAGUAACAUCAAGUGCAAGUCCGCAUAUCGCCAAACAAGAUUGCAGUGAUAGAUGUGGAAAUGUGAGCAUCCCGUUCCCAUUUGGAAUCGGUUUAAAUUGUGCUUUCAACGUGUGGUACGCUAUUAAUUGCUUAAACUCGUCGAAACCAUAUCUAGCAGCUCCCACACUCAACCGCCUUGAAGUCCUGAACAUUAAUUUGCUAAAUACGACAGUCACUGUUAAUUCGCCAACAUCAGUCUCUGAUUGCCAGUACCCACGACCGCCAGGUCUGAAUAUUACUAGUAGUAGUGUCGAUCUUGAUAGGAGCCCUUUCCGGUUUUCCGAAUCACGGAAUAAACUAGUGCUUGAGGGCUGUGGCAAUACCGUCUUUUGGGAAAAUGGGAAUCCGCUCAGUGGGUGUUCCACCGUUUGCCGUAAUUAUGAUAAUAGUACAUCAUCAGCAGUUAAAAUAAGAAGAAAAGAGAAAAAUAAUAACUGCCUUGGUAUCACUUGUUGCGAAACAAGAAUUCCUGACCAUUAUUAUUAUUCAGCAUCACGUUCUUCGUGGAUGAAAACAGAUGGCCUAAAGUCAUAUAUGGUGGAGCUGCAAACAGAUGAUGAUAGAUCAGCAGGUUCAUCAUCAUGUGGGUCUGCAUUCUUCGUGGAUGAAGAUUUGUAUGUUCAAGGAAGGUUUUCAAACGGCGGGCUUGUUCCGGUAACACUUGAUUGGGAUCUUACAGACCUUGACUUCCUACAGAUAACUUGUUGCGAUCCCGGUGGGGACAGUCGUUAUUCUUCCACAUCUUCGACUGGUGUGCGAAUGGCUAAUGGUACUUUUGUGCUACUACAGACGUGUCUCCAGUUGCCGGAAUAUGAAGGAAACGUUUAUUUAAGAGAUGGAUGCGCUGGUAUGUAUUUAUGUAUAGUACUACGAGUACAAUAUAGCUAG